AUGACUUUCUCUGGCCAUUGCCUCUGCCGUGCAGUAACCUACAUCGUCGACCCGGCCUCUCCUCUCGUGGUCUACUGCCACUGCGAUGACUGUCAGCGCAACACCGGGUCCACAUACGCUCUGAUCUUGACAUCCCCCAAGGAUACGGUGCAUAUCCAGGGUCCGCUUCGCACCUUCACCAGUGUGGGCAGCUCAGGCCUUGCCGUGCAUCGCAGCUUCUGUGGGGUCUGUGGGAGCCCGAUAUCCGAUGUUGCGGAGAGUGCGCCCGAGGAGAUCUCCAUCAAGGGUGGCUCACUGGAACCGGAGUGCAAGAGACGGUUACAGCCGUCGGAGGAAUUGUGGACGGCUAGUAAACUGUCCUUCUGUCAGGAACAGUUGCCACAGUCUCACUUGCAUAUGCCCGAGUGAUGGUAUCUGUUGAGUUCCGGCUGCAAUUAGUGAGGAUUCGCGUUCGUGCAAAGCAAGUGUGAUUGUGUUCUUUGGAGUAUUGAGGAGGCACUCCAUUGGGUUCGUGAUAGGUGCGUGUGAUGAGCCGAGCUAAAGCGUUAUAGACCAUCUUCCAACAAGCCAGUUUUUCUUCAUCACAAUUGUUUAAGUCGAUACAAGGAUGCGUAGUCUUUGGGUGGGAUUUUGCUUCCGUCGAGAAUGAGUGGAUCUUGAUUGUGCCCUUGGAUCCCUUUCAGAUAUUGUUUGGAGAGGGUCUUCCCUCCUGCUUGCACUCGCACGCUCUUGCCAUGAUGAGCUCGCAGUGCAAACGCGUGCAUUACCGC